GGACUGGUGCGCUCUCAGAGCCGCCGCCGCCUCCGACAUUGAAGCUGCAGCCCGGCGGUGCGUCCUUACCCGGGGCUGCGAGGAGCCCCAAAGCUCCGCUUUCGGGGUGCGGCUAGGAAAGCCCACCCGCCCGAGCGGGCCCUGCAUGGGAAUUGGGAAAGAGCCACCUUGCCCGCUCCUGGCUCCCCAGAGCAGUCUACGUGCGGCGUGGACGCUGCGUUCGGUCCUUAAAAGGCUGGCCAGGAACCGGGUCUGUUACCACCCAGCCCUGCUCUGCCGAGACGCUAGCGCUCUCGCGCCCGCCCCGGUCCUCCCAGCCCCCAGGGCCCGUCCGAGAGAGAAGAGGCAUGUACUCAGAGCAAGUCACCUGGCUACCUCCCAAGUAAACAUCUGUUUUCCAGAGUUGGUAAAGUUACACCAGUUUCUAGGAGGCUCCAGGUCCUGGUGCUGCUGGGACAUGCCCAAGUCCUGAGGGGCAGGAAGUUGUGAUCUGGGGAGGACCACACAACUGUGAAGACUGUCAUCAGAGGUUCCAGCAAUUUCCUCACCAGAAGUGGACACCUCCAGUCAGGCAGACAUCCUCAUUAUGCCACAGCAGCUCCUGAUCACCCUGCCCACCGAGGCCAGCACCUGGGUGAAGCUACAUCAUCCAAGGAAGGCCAACAAGGAGGUGUCCCUGUGGGAGGAUGUGACUAAAAUGUUUGAAGGAGAAGCUCUGCUGUCUCAGGAUGCUGAGGAUAUCCAAGGAGAAAGUAUAGCGGAUGAAGUGACCUCUGGACUACUGGCAACAGAAUCUCAGGAACUAUUGACCUUCAAGGACAUAUCUGUGGACUUCACCCAGGAAGAGUGGGAGCAGCUGGCCCCUACAUUCCAGGAUCUGUACCGGGAGGUGAUGCUGGAGAACUAUAGGAACCUGGUGUCAGUGGCAGGAUAUCAUCUUUCCAAGCCUAGUGUGAUUUCCCUGUUGGAGAAAGGAGAAGAGCCAUGGAUGACAGAUAAUGAAGGCCCAGGAGAUCCCAUUUUAGAGUUGAAGAGCAAAACGGAAACCAGUAAGUCAACAGCAAAGAAUGACCUUUCCCAAGAACAGUUAUAUCAUGGCAUUAUGAUGGAAAGGUUCAUAAGGAAUGAUAUAAUUUAUUCCACAAUGAGAAAAGUCUCCAGCUAUGAUGAUACGUUAGAAAGGCUCCAGGAAACCUGUAAGAGAGAUGUAAGACAAGCCAUUUUGACCCACAAAAAGAGAGGUAAAGAAGCUAACAAAUUUCAGGAAAAUAUUGUGAGUUCAAAUGUUAUUUUAGAACAGAAGCAUCAUAAAUGUGACCAACCUAGAAAGAAGAACAAGUACAAAUUAGGUUUGAUAAAUCAUCCAAUAAGUUGCCUACGAACAAAAAUCUAUGAAUGUAACAUAUGUGAAAAAAUGUUCAAACAACCCAUUCACCUUACUGAACACAUGCGAAUUCAUACUGGUGAGAAACCUUUCAGAUGUAAGGAGUGUGGAAGGGCCUUUAGUCAAAGCGCAUCUCUUAAUACACACCAGAGAAUCCAUACUGGAGAGAAACCCUUUGAAUGUGAGGAAUGUGGAAAAGCCUUCAGACACCGCUCAUCACUUAAUCAGCAUCAUAGAACUCACACUGGGGAGAAACCUUAUGCUUGUGACAAAUGUCAGAAAGCCUUCAGCCAGAACAUUAGCCUGAUCCAACAUUUGAGGACUCAUUCUGGAGAGAAGCCCUUUACUUGCAGUGAAUGUGGGAAAACCUUUCGACAGAUAAGACACCUUAGUGAACAUGUAAGAAUUCAUACUGGGGAGAAGCCCUAUGCAUGCACUGCAUGCUGUAAAACCUUUAGUCAUAGAGCAUAUCUAACUCAUCACCAGAGAAUCCAUACUGGGGAGAGACCCUACAAAUGUAAGGAAUGUGGGAAAGCCUUUAGGCAAAGGAUCCACCUUAGCAACCAUAAAACUGUUCAUACAGGAGUGAAAGCAUAUGAAUGCAAUCGCUGUGGAAAAGCCUAUAGGCAUGAUUCAUCCUUUAAAAAACACCAGAGGCAUCACAGUGGAGAAAAGCCUUACGAAUGUAAUGAAUGUGGAAAAUCCUUCAGUUACAAUUCAUCACUGAGUCGACACCAUAAGAUACACAGGAGGAAUGCCAUCCGAAGUAAUGUCUGAUAAAAGAUGCCUGAUAUGAAACAAAAGCCAAAUUUAAGUCAGUAUUUGUAAGCUUUAAAAUUUCAGGACUCAAAUUUGAGAAAUUGACAUAAUGAUGGCAACUUUUAAUUUUGCCCAUUGUGUUUGUAAAUAAACACUACAUUGAUAACUGCUGUCACCUCUAUACAAAAUACUCAAGAAUAAAAUCUGGUCUUUCAAUUAAAUAAAUUCAGUAUUAUGAAAAAUUUACAGUUUUUUUUCUGAUUU